GUCUCACCACAAAUGAAUGACGACGUAUUUAACCACGCUCAUCCUUCAAAAUGUCCCUUUACCCCUAUAUUGGAAGCAAUUUCACUUGUCCUUUUACAUCUUUUUCAUUUUUUUCUCGCCUUUAUCCCCCCCCCUUUCAACACUCAAAAGCUUGUUCUCAGCUUGGUGACAACCGAAAGAGACAGCUGUUUUGAUGUAAAAAAGAGGGGAAGAAUUUGUUUGUGCCUUUCUGUUCUUCCUUCCGUUUCUUCUUCCUUUUUUCCUUUUCUCUUCCUUAAACAACAAAUUUUCUGUACCGAAACAAGUGCCGCUGUUCAAAUGAGCAUUUUGAAGCCUGUCUAUGGAUUUUGCUUAGACUAA